AUGCAACACCAACAACAACAACUACAGCAAAACCUCAACGACCAGAACGACAACGGUAACCAAAUCGCCCUCAAAAUCACCAAUCUCCUCAACCACCACCCCAACUGGCACCAUCUCCUUACCUCCUCCGACACCAUCCCCGUUGCCGCCCUAACACCUCAAGUCGUCCGAUCCAUUCUCCUCCAAGACCAUGUAUCCGACCCCGAGCGCCUCCUUGAGUUCUUCUAUUGGGUCCAAUCUCAAAUUGCUCUCCCCCAAUCCAUUGAUUCGUUCUCAAUCCUUGUCGCCCGACUCUGCAAUUCCGAUCUGUUGGGCCCCACCAAUGGCCUUCUCGAAAGAAUGAUAACAACCCAUCUGCACCCUCCGGCCUCGGAUGCAAGUACGAUAUCAGAUUCGAUUGCCAGUAGCUAUCAAAGCUGUAACGGGUCGAAUCCGGCCGUUUUCAAUGUGCUAAUCGAUACAUGUAGGGAGGUGCGUAGGUUGCGAGAGGCUGUUGAAAUAUUUUUGGGAUUGAAAAACAGAGGAAUUACUGUUAGUCUGCGGUGUUUUAAUUCUAUGCUGAGUGAUCUGUUGAAGGUGAAUGGGAUGGAUUUGUUUUGGAAGGUGUAUGGGUGCAUGUCGGAGGUGGGAAUUACACCAGAUGUUUAUACAUAUACAUCUUUGGUGGGUGCGCAUUGCAAAUCUGGGAAUGUUGGUGAGGCGAAGUGGUUGUUUGUUGAAAUGACCGAGAAGGGUUGUAGGCCAAAUGCGGUUACGUAUAACGUGCUUAUUGCAGGAUUGUGUCGAGCAGGCAGUCUUCAUGAAGCUUUCCAGCUGAAAAGGAAGAUGCGUGAGAAUGGUCUGAUGGCAGAUAGCUUUACGUAUGCUACACUCGGGAAUGGGCUGUGCAAGGAACGGAGGUCAAGAGAGGCAAAAUUGUUGGUGGCGGAGAUGUGGGAGAUGGGAUUGAAGCCAAAUUACGUUGCCUACACGGCUUUGAUUGAUGGGUUGAUGAAAGAAGGUGAUGUGGAUGAGGCUUUUAGAGUGAGGGAUGAUAUGUUUGUUCACGGAAUUCAGGUGAAUGUCACUGGGUAUAAUACACUCAUUUGCGGCGUAUGUAAGGUCGGAAAGAUGGAGAAGGCCCACCAGCUCUUGAAUGAGAUAGUCGGGAUGGGGUGGAAGCCAAAUGCAAUGACAUAUGGUUCAGUUAUCGAGGGUUAUUUGAAAGAGAAGGACACCGAUAAUGCUUUUGAGAUGUUUGAUGAAAUGAAGAGAAAUGUAUUGCCUACGGUUGUUACAUAUAGCUUAUUGAUUAAUGGGCUUUGUCAUUGUGGAGAUUUGCACCGAGUAAACAGUUUAUUGGAGGAGAUGGUUGCGAGUGGUCUCAAGCCGAAUGUUGUUAUCUAUACGGCGCUUAUAACAGGUUACUGUAGGGAAGGUAGAGUUGAAGAUGCAUGCAAGGUUUUGAAGAGGAUGUUGGAGAGAGGUGUCGUUCCAGAUGUGUUUUGCUACAAUUCUUUUAUAGCUGGAUUAUGCAAGGCGGGAAAGAUGGAAGAUGCCAGUAUGUACUUGGUGGAAAUGAAGGAGAGGGGACCGAUUCCAAAUGCGUUUACAUAUGGGGCUUUCAUACGGGGGCAUGGUAAGGCCGGGUAAAUGCACAAGGUGGACGGAUAUUUCAAGGAGAUGCUUGGCUGCAGUUUGGCGCCGGAUGUUGUUGUUUAUACUGUUCUUAUCGACGGGCAUUGCAAAGCAGGUAAUGUAAAAGAAGCCUUCUCAAUAUUUCAUGCUAUGCUUGGAAGAGGGGUGCUUCCAGAUGUGCAGACUUACAGUGUGCUCAUCCACGGAUUUUC